AUGAGCGUGCGCAAAGCUCACAAUAGUGGCAAGAACCAUUUGCGCAAUGUGGUAGACUACUACCAACGUAUGUGCCCACCACACUCGGUCCCCUUCUCAUCCCAUGAUAUCCCUCCAAGACACCAUACAUCUCGUCUAACAAUCUGGCGACAGAAAUCGGCCACGAAAAGGCACAGUCCGUCAUCGACUCCAUCACCUCAUCCUACGCCGCCGAGGGCCAAGCACAUGCGAACCCCAUGCUUCCUCAAAACCAGCCGGGCAAUGCUUUCCCGCCACCUUUCCCAUUCCCAGGUACGGCUGUCGUCGCCGUCGACCAUGACAUGCAACCAUACUGACCGUAUAGUAGGCGGCCCUCCUCCAUUUCCUGGUAUGCCUGGCGCUGCUCCAGGCCAGUUCCCCCAUGGAAUGCCCCCUCCUGCUGGUGGCCGUGGCAUCCCUCCUAUGCCUCCCUUCCCCCCGGGUCCCAACGGUUUACCAGUUCCUCCACCCGGCGGCCUGCCGUUCCCUCCACCGCCUGGAGGACUUCCUUUCCCUCCCCCGGGGGCUUCGGGCGCGCCUCCUGGGUUCCCUGGUAUGCCGGGCAUGCCGCCUCCUCCGGGGCAAGGCUUCCCUCCUGGCUCUGCUCCGCCGCCUGGUUUCCCGGGUGGUCUUGGGACGCCUGGACAGGAUAGAAGGUGA